UUUGAAAGCUGCGCAGAUAGAUUGCGCAUUUGUCCAGUAUUUAUGUGUAUUUACACGCCGUUUAAAGCAUUAAACGUAAAUCAAAAAAACAAGUAUUAAAUUUAAAAUUACUGGUCAUAAAUAACAACAAUGGACAAUACUUUAGAAUUUGUGAAUGUGGCAGUAAGGAUUCGACCACAAUCAAUUCAAGAUUCAGCAAAUGGAUGCAAUUUAAAAGUGAUAUCAAAUAAUCCACCAAUUUUAACUGUAUCCGACCGACAACAUUUUAAUUUAGACCACAUAUUUGAUGGUGAUUCCAGUCAAAUUGAUGUUUUCAAUGAAAUAGUCAGACCCAUGAUUGAUAAGUUAUUAAAAGGCUUUGACUGCACUGUUUUUGCUUAUGGACAAACUGGAACUGGUAAAACUUACACUAUGGGUUAUCCACAAAUGGAUGAAGAAAAUAUGGGUAUGAUAAAUAGGACUUUUAAAGAGAUUUUCCAACAAAUCAACAAUGAGAUGGAAAUCUACACUGAAGUUUCACUUUACGAAAUAUACAAUGAAAAAGUUUUUGAUUUACUAGACGACCAUAAAGUUGCUUUAUCUGUGAAAGGCUUUCAAGUACCUGAUUUAAAAAGAGUUCCUGUUUAUGAUUUAGCUGAAGCUCAACAGUUAUUCUCAAUAGCAAGUAAAAAUAGGAGAACUGGGGGUACUUUACAGAACUCUAAAAGCUCAAGAUCUCAUGCUAUUUAUACAUUAUAUUGUAAAAUCUCAAAUGGAGGUUCUGUAACUUGUUCAAAAUUUAACUUUGUCGAUUUAGCUGGUUCUGAAAGUAUAAGAAAAACUGGAAGUGCUGGAAACUGUUUUCAUGAAGGAAUUAACAUAAAUAAAGGUUUAUUAUGCCUUGGACAAGUAAUUAAUGCACUCUCUUCCAAUCAAAACUAUGUCCCAUAUAGGCAAGCAAUGAUUACAACACUUCUAAAAGAUUCACUCUGCAAAAAGAAUUUUAUCACUUUAAUUGCUUGUGUAAGCUCAAAAUUAACAGAUACUACAGAAACACUUCAAACUUUAGAUUUUGCAAAAAGGGUUAAAAGAAUUGGUAAUAAGCCUGAAGCUUUUUCUAUGAUUAAUACUUCAAUUAAAAAGUCAUCACAAUAUUUAACACCAAUGAAAGCUUUUGGCCCAAUUCAGACUUCUACAGCUUUAAAAAAACCAAUACGUGUUCCAUUACCACCAAAAUUUACUUACAAUUUGGAUAAUGUAGAGGAUCAAGCAAUUAAUAUUAGUCCAAUUGUGAGAAGAUGUGUAGCUGAAAUUGAAUCUAAAUUGGUUUCUACAAUAAAUAAUUUAAUGAAAACACAAACUCCCUUAAGAAGAUCAACAAGAAUUUCUAGUUUUCAUCGAAAAUAUGAUGAUUAUAGUGAUGAAAAUCAGCAAAGUUGUUUAAAACAAUUCAAAUCUGAUGAUUCUAAAAGUGUGCCUUUAAAAACUAUAACUAAUAAAAGUAAUAAUCCGACAUCUGCAAUGGAAAAAAUUAUUUUUGAUGAUCUUAAACAAAAUAAUGAGGAUAUUAAAAAUUCUUCUUCACCAAAUAUUUUUAAAGUUCCACUUUUACCAAAUACUAUGAAGACAAGAAAUGCUUCAAAACUUAAAAAAACCUCUUCCCCUAAUACAACCAACGAAUAUAAUGAAUUUGCCAAAACACUCAGUACGGAUAAUCAAUUUGAAUCUAGAUUAUCUAUGGAAAGUAGUGAAAUUACUACAAGUAACAUUUCUUCGAUUAUGUCUGUCAGUCUAAGGAAAAGUACAAGAAUAAAAAGACAAACUGUUCGUUUAACUGUUGGUGAUGUACAUAAAUCAAAUAAAAAGAGUGUUAAUAAAACUAAUAAGUCAAGGAAGGGUGUAAGUGAUAGGUCUAUGAAAGUUAUUAAAAAGCAAAAAGUUGAAAAUCAUUGUGAUCAUAUUUUGGAAAUAUUAAAUGAAGGUUCUUUGAAGGCUGUGAUGACUUUACAUACUAUUGGAGUUAAAACUGCAGAACAAAUUUUAUUAUUCAGGAAACUUCGUGGAAAUUUCAAAACGAUUGAAGAUAUCAAAAACGUACUUCAUAAAGGAAAAAGUUAUCAACGAUUUCUUGAAGCGAAUUUUUUAAUAUAAUAUUGCUACUAAAAUACCAAAGUUUUUUUAUUCUAUUUCUAGUUUCAUUACCAAGUACAACAUUAGAUAGGUAUUAUAUGUAUAAGAAUUUUAUUAUUGAAUUGUAUAACAGACUAUUUUAUUAAUAAGGAAUUAUAAUAUGAUGUGAAUAUUCAUUUAUUUUUUGUACUAGAACAAAACAUUUUAUGCAUAAAUAUUGCUUGAAUUAAUUCAAAA